CUUCUAUUGUUUCGUCACGGACCAGUAACACUCAUUGAUUGUAUCCAAUCGAGACCUUUGGCUGUUUUCUCAUUGCCGCCACGACACCUCGUGAAACCCUGCCCAAUUCUGCGCUUGCACGCUGAUUAGACCAGCCAUAGCUAAAAGGCAUCGUCAAGAAUCAAAUUCAGCAUCAAACAACUCUUCUCUCAUUGCACAGGUAUGAGUUCGACCCUGGACCUCCCAAAGGACGACUCGCCCACUCUCGCCCUCGUCCAUCCCACCAAAGAAGAGCAAUUGAUCCAAUCCAAACUCAACGGCGCCGAAUGGCGAGGCGCCCUCUCACCAUCUGCCUAUCUCCGCCGCGAAGCCACUCUCUCACAGCAAGCCCUGACGAAAGAAGGAGGCAUCACAUACUGGAUUCUGGUCGACACGGCGCUCAAGAACAACCCUCUGGAUCCAGAUUCAAGAACACGACUUCCGCUCGCCAGCUGCGAGACGUACCGCAAGAAGGCGCUUGUAUCGCGAGAUGGCAAGCUGCAAGAGGUCGUAUCUCAUGGCAUCGGGAGUGUGUUCUGCGGGCAGCAUCUGCGGAAGAGAGGGUAUGCGCAGAGGAUGAUGACGGAGCUUGGGAAGACGUUGCGGACGCAUCAGACAGAUGAGAAGGAGUGUCUGUUCACCAUUUUGUACUCUGACAUCGGCAAGAAAUUCUACGCUUACUUUGGCUGGGAGCCAUUUCCCUCGUCUCACAUCGCACUUCCAGCAAGCUCUUCUACACCAACAGCUAACCUACCCACUGCCCGAUCAUUGUAUGCGGAGGACCUCCCUGAGUUGUGUAAACUCGACGAGGCUCUUAUUAGGAAGGGCUUGGAGUCGCGGCCGAAGGGUAGUAAGACUGCGGUAGCACUCAUUCCUGACAUCGAGACCGUGCAAUGGCAUCACGCACGAGAGGAGUUCGUCGGCCAGGAGGUUCACGGCAAGGUGCCAAAGAUUAAGGGUGCCAUAGUGGGCGAAGAGUUAGGCAAGCGCGUCUGGUGCUACUGGACGCGCGUGUGGUACAAUGAGGAUGUCUCGAUUGUGAAGGGCAACACGAUGCACAUCCUACGCCUCGUAGUCGAAGACGACGUGUUGGGGAGCAAGAGUUUGACCGAGGGUGAUGGAUAUAGCGCGGCCAUCACAGCCUUGUUAGCAUUCGCGCAGCGUGAGGCAGAGGAGUGGAAGACGGAACAUGUAGAGCUUUGGAGCCCUUCAGCAUCAGCGCUGGCCGGGGCUCAGAUAUUGGACAAGAGCGCGAAGGUGAUCGAUAGGGACGCAGAGAGCAUUGCGAGUCUACUGUGGUACCCAGAGCACAAAGGACCAGCCGCAGACCAUGUUGACUGGAUCAGCAACGAGAAGUACGCGUGGUGCUGAGAAACCUCUAGGUAGCGAGUGACACAAAGGUUCUCAAGCAAUCGCCUAGCAUAGGCACAAUAUUCGUAGUCUUUUGCCAAUUUAAUCUUU